AUGGAAAAUACAGUUCGACGUGGAGGUACUCUGAUGGGAAUGAUUCAUAAAGCCAACCCUUGGACGGAUGCUCAGGUUUACAUCGACCUUGACUCAUUGACAUUGAGGAACAUUUCAGCCUCUCUUAGCAUGCGGUGCGAGGCCUUUGUCCUACGCCUUACAAGGUCAUUGGUCCUGCCAUUCGCCAUGCCUGGUGUUCCUGUUGUUGGAAUUGACCUGGGAACAACCAAGACAUGUGUUGCCGUAUUUGAGAAUGGAAAAUGUGAAAUCAUUCAAAAUGAAAGGGGAAACCGAACAACACCCUCCUACGUUGCAUUUGACAACAUGGAGCGUUUGGUGGGAGACAUAGCCAAGAGUCAAGUCGAAGACAAUCCUGAAAACACUGUUUACGGUCUGUUUCUGGACGCAAAGGUUGGGGAGAUACAUCUCUUCAAAGAGAAGGGAAGCCUGAUAUUUGACCUGAAAUCAUGUGACCUGAGGGAGACACCAGGCAUGAAGAGACUCAUUGGAAGAAAGUAUCAUCAAUCACUAGAGCAGAUGAAGAGUUAUUGCUCAUACACCAUCGUAAAGGAAGAAGAGAAACCGAUGGUUAAGACUCACAAGAAAAUAAAUUCUGGAACUUUAUUGCCAGACCUCGUAAAUUGCCGCCUUGCAAUGAAUGAAUUUGAGGACAGAACUUCCAGUCUCUCAAAGAAGGAAUUAAACAAAAUUAUCAGUAGACUUGCUGAUGGUCUUAAGGCUGGAUCUGUCAACGGAGAUCCGCCGAUAGAAGAUGAUAACGUCAAUCAUAUCGUGAUCCAUUAG